UCAUCCAGUAUGGAAGCUUGUGUCCAAGCUUGUUAGUUGCUGUGCUGAAAGUUUGAAUCAUUCAAGAGCUCGAAGAUCGAUGCAAGCGCACAGAGAGAAUUUUCAUAAUAUUCAGACGGGUGUGCCAUGAUCAAGUUUUAACAGUAAAGCCUCAACCAGCAAUAUGGAUGCAUGGAAAACUUUCCUAGCAGUUAUCUUUUUGUGUACAGCCUUAGCUCAAACACAAGAUGGCUCUGCAACAACAGCAGCAACAACAACAACAGCAACAACAUCAACAACAACAGUGCCAGGAACCUCAGGAAAAACUGCAUCCAAUACAACAACAACAUCAGCAACAAGAAGAACUACAAUAUCUUCAAUACUAUCACCCAAAAAUUUACCCAAAUCAGAAGUUAGCAGUGUGCCAACAGUAACAGCGGGUUCGCCAUCAACAGUAGCAGCAAUGACUGAAUCAUCGACCACGGAGUUAUCGAGAAAUGAGACAGAAAGGUGUCUAAAUGAAAAGUUACCUGGUACGCAGAGAUGGCAGAGCAAUAUGGAGGGGUCUUCAGUUACUGUGGAAUGGGGGUAUGGACCUGAGACCUGUAGCACCUUGGCCAGUUGCACUGGACUCCCGGUAGUGGACGAUAUUGACCUGCCCCCUCAGAUGAUUCCAAGGGAGAUCCAGACAGGAGUUACCCUCAAUUUCAUCUCCAGCAGAAAGCCAGGACAAUCCUUUGCCAUGCAGCCUAUUUAUGUGACAGAGGACAAUUUCAAUGAGUGUGUCACCGAGGGGGGGACACCUGUCAUUGCUGAACCCACCCACAGCGUGUUUCAAGUGGACAGGCAGUUCCUGCAGCCUGGCAACAAUUACUUUAUUGUUCAGACAAGUGACCCACUGUUUCAGUGUGAUUUUGGGCUGAGGUUGAAUGUCACAGUGAAGACCCAGAAUUGUGUCAAAACAGAAACCUUUAAUUCAAUUCUUGAUUACUACAUCAAGAAAUACAUUCAAUCAGGGCUGAUCUGCCCUUACCAUGAGUUUGGUUCCACUGCCAGCUAA